ACGGAAUGAGAUAUCAGCACCAUUUUGAGAAAUAUAUUUCGCUGAUUGAUAGAUUGAUUACUGUCAAAAAAGCCGGCUUCGGAGAGAGACAAUUUUCGCCAUUUUACUCUGCUGUAGAAAGUCAUUAUCUUCUCCCUUCAAGUCAUUACAGCACGGUAUAAGAAGAUCUGCGGAUCAGAGCAUAUAUACAUCCAAGUACUCACCGACCCAAACACAAAUACCACUCAUUUCCACUCUUAUAUAUGCACACACACGCACACACUUUCUCGCCGUCUGUCUCUGAGAUAAUCAAAAUGUCUUCAGAGGAAUAUCUUUCGAUCAACAAUCAUCAUCCCCAGCAUCCUCAUUCUUGCGAUCGUUAUGUAUAUUCGAAUAAAGAGAUCGUCGACAAGGAGUCUUCAGGUCAAAAUGUUAAAAAGCAACAACUGAUAAAAAGGGAUCAGUGGAAGGGGAGAAUUGAUUUUCUUAUCGCUUGUAUGGGAUUCUCUAUUGGGUUGGGGAAUGUUUGGAGGUUUCCAUAUUUAUGUUAUAAAAAUGGAGGAGGUGCUUUCCUUAUCCCCUAUUUCAUAAGUAUUUUUCUUGCUGGUAUCCCACUGUUUCUAUUGGAGGUGACAAUUGGACAAUAUACACAUCGCGGGGUUAUAGCAGCAUGGAAUAUAUGCCCAAUAUUCCAAGGUAUUGGUUUCGCAUGUACCCUGAUCAAUUUCUACCUAAACUGCUAUUACACCGUGAUAUUAUCCUGGGCAUUUCAUUUCAUAUUCUCUUCAUUUACAACUGAACUCCCAUGGACUAAAUGUGGUCAGCCAUGGAAUACGCCCGCGUGUACUGUAUUUACAAAUCAACCGAAAAAUGAGACGAUUUUGCAAUAUACUAAUACUACUCAUACAAUUGCGACUAUACAGGGGAGUAAUCAAAGCCUGUUGGCAGUCGAUGCCACUACAGAAUAUUGGGAAAAUCGUGUUCUGCGUAUAUCUGACGGGAUACAUAAUGUGGGAACAAUUCAAUGGGAUCUAGCCUUAUGCCUUUUAGUUACAUGGAUUGUUAUAUAUUUGUGCAUUUGCAAGGGUAUUAAAACAUCAGCAAAGGUUAUGUAUGUCACUGCCCCGUUACCUUAUGUGUUUAUGAUUACGCUACUGAUAAGAACUAUAAUCUUAGAAGGUGCUACAGAUGGUCUAAUCCACUAUCUGAAACCGGAUUGGUCAAGGUUAACAGAUAUGACAGUAUGGUCUGACGCUGGAACGCAAAUCUUUUUCAGUUACAGUAUCGGUUUAGGAGUGUUGACAGCUUUCGGGAGUUAUAACAAAUUACAUCAUAAUUCCUUGAAGGAUUGCACUUUAUUCGCACUGGCUAACACAUGUACAAGUCUCUUGUCUGGUUGUGUUAUCUUCUCAACCCUUGGAUAUAUGUCACACAUAUCAAAUAUCCCACUGAAUUUAAUCGCAGAAUCUGGUCCAGGUCUGGGGUUUGUUGUUUAUCCAAAAGCAAUCGGGACAAUGCCAGGAAGUCCAUUUUGGUCAAUAUGUUUCUUUUCGAUGAUUAUACUGCUUGGAAUCGACAGUAUGUUUGGUGGAGUAGAAGGUUUUGUAACCGCUGCGACGGAUUAUUUCCCCCAUGCGAUGGCGAAAACAUGGAUUCGUUGUCUAUUUGUCGGCUGUGUAUGCUUUGCAUCCUAUUUGGUUGGUUUAUCUAUGGUCACCAAUGGUGGAAUGUAUGUAUUCCAAUUGUUCGAUUAUUACACUGGAAGUCGCAUCAUCUUGAUUGUAGGACUAUUGGAAUCUACAGCAAUUGGAUAUAUCUACGGUUUCAAACGUAUUUCAGAAGACAUGAAAUUAAUGUAUGGUGUUUCCUUGAAAUGGUUGGCAUUCAUAUUUUGGUGCGUAUUAACCCCAAUAUUCACUCUUAUUCUCUUCAUUAUCAGUGUCAUCGUCUAUCAAGAAUUGACAUAUAUGCAGGCGUCAUCCAGUCAUGUCUAUCGUUUUCCUAACUGGUCAGUGAAAUUGGGUUGGUUUAUGGCAAGUUUCAGUAUAUUUCUUAUACCAUGUGUAAUGAUAAUCAAAAUUAUCAGAACACCUGGAAAACUUCUACAGCGAAUCAAAACGUUGUGUAUUCCAGCUUUAGAAAAUCCUGAUAUAAGUGGAGAUAUUUCAAGUUAG